AUGCCCGUCACGAACGGGGAUCUCCAUCCGCCUGCAGCCGACUCUUCUGCGCUGUCAACCCCUGGGAAACGGAAGCGCGUGUCCAGUCCAGAGGACAAAUCUGCGCAAGACAAUGUUCCGUCUACCUCCCCGGAACAAGCCAAGCAGGAGCUCGAUCAAACAUUACGAUAUCUCCUGCAGAUCUUGGCCAGCGACGAUGAGGAUAUCCACCUUUUCAAAUGCUCCCUCGUUCCAUCCUCUCCCGCGAAGCCCCGUUCCAAGCGCGCGAAGCUUUCGGGCGACAACGAUAAAACUGCCAGUAUAGAGGCGCGAGUCGCCGCCGGUCGCUACAACUCGCUGCAGGAGUUUCUCGAUGAUGUGGAGAGGGCAUCGACUGCCGUGAUUGGGAAACAGCAGUCUCAGACCGUGCAUCCCGACGCCAAAGAUGCCGAGGACUCGAUUUCGAAUUUGAAAAACCGAAUCAUGGCGCUGAAAAAGCGCUUGAAUAGUCUUCUAAUUCAGGUUUCUUACAAAUCCUCGGCCGUCAAAACGGAGCCAUCGGAUGAAGGGGCGGAUUCUUCUGUGCUCCGACCUAAUACCGGUACCGGUCGCGAAGAUAAGAGGGUCUUGACGAUUUUUGGAAACCCUUCAAAUCCGAAGCAGCUGUUCUCGAGUUUGCAGCACCCGAUCAAGGUACCUUUAGGCUCAGAUAAGCAGCACCAGGUGGAGAUUCAGCCGCCACUUCCUGAAGACAAGUUGCCAAACGGCAUUACCGCGAUCAAGGCUGCUCCAUACAACCUUAGUAUGGAUGAGAAGCAAACAAAAACCUUCGGCGAAGUGUUUGCGCCUCGUCCGACCCUGCCUCAACUAGAGCCUCCACGCCGAACGAGAUCCUGGGCCAGAAAUCCGUCGGCAAUGUGGAUAGACCAUUUCGACGCCGUGACGGAUCUUAAAGCUGUGCUAGGCGAGAAAAAUAAUUAUUGUUUCGCAUCCCUUCCUUCUGUCAGCUGGCUGCACUAUGGCGGGGCCACCUCGUCUCCUUCAUACUGGAGCCGGAAACAGAAGCAACUUGAGAACAGUGGCAAGGACCAGUCUCAACAACAGGAGACCUAUUCUACAACCAACGACGAUGACCCGGCUUUGCUCCAGGGUGCAUAUUCGUCAUUCGCUCCGUCGAUCGACAGCUCCAGUUCUAUUGUGCAGGCGGACGCGAAGAACUUGGUCUGGUGGGCCAAGCGCGGGGCAAGGCGCUUCAAAACAUUGUUGGCAUUACAUUAUGGUGCUGGCGAGCAAGAUCAGGAACCGCCACUGCCUGAACUCGAUGAGGCAACCCUCGAAGAGGCUGUCAACUCAUUUAAUCCUGAGGAGGUCCCGGAAGAGGUUUCUCCCAAGGCAGCUGAGUCAGCUGAGUCUGAGGCCUCAGAGACAGAAUCCAAAGAAGUCGAUGAAAUCCUGCGAGAAGUUUCGGAACUCAUGGAAACGCUGAACUCUUAUCGUCAAAUACGCAAUUUCGAUACUACUCAUGCAAGCGCUUUGCAUCCGGACCUCAAGGACACCUCUCCCGACGCUAGUACACCAUCCCCAGCUGAACGCGCUCUUUACGAGACGCUCAAGUCGAGCUUGGCAGCCAUCAUCGCCAACCUCCCACCAUAUGCCGUGGCUAAACUAAACGGAGAGCAAUUAGCAGACUUGAAUAUCAGUCAGAAGAUACUGGUUGAGAAUCCAGUAUACAAUGGCACUAUGGAAGAGGACGACUAUACGAUUAUGCAGAAGCGGAUCGCGGCUUCUACUCCAGCUAAUCACGCAGCAACGCCAGCUCGAGGUUACCAGGGCUCUCCGGCAUAUAACCAGCGGAUGUAUCCUCACGCGAGGCCGCAGCAACCAGCAGCUGGCUACCAAGGCUACUACGGUGGCCGACACCCUCCCCCUUCGACUCCAUAUACUCCGGGCACUGCACCCCAAACUCAUGCACCUCGCCCUCAAGCAUCUCCAUCGCAGCGUCCGAGUCACCUUCCGGGGUAUUCGCAACCUGGGGGUCAGUACAUGCAGCGACCGAAUGGUUACAGUCCUUACCCGGGGCAACAAGGGGCGCCGCCUCCUCAAGGCUCUCCACAGCCUUAUGCGCAACGACCUGGUCAGCCGGGAUACCAACAGAGCCCACAAUAUGCUGCAGGGCGAAGUGCCUCACCACAGAAGCAGCCCGGGUAUGCCACACCUCAACCACGCACGCCUUACAUGAACCCGGGCACGAAUAAUCCACCACGAUACUAUCCGCCCCAGCAACAGCCGCAACAGCCUGCACACUACGGUAACUAUCCGCCGGCCCAAACCCCAUCUUCCUCGACACCGUAUACCAACUCUGCCGCGGCGGCAAACUAUCCCCGUAGUGCCACUGAACAAGCUGCACUGAAGGGCCAACAACACCAGCAGCAAUCAGCAACACCCAACCCUCCUGCUUCACAGCCGCAGGCGCAGCCUCAGCAAAACAACGAGCAAAGCGCCUCCCAAGACCGGAGCGCUAGUCCAGGAAACAAGCAAAGUAGCACUCCAGUUUCGACGUGA